GUGGGCGAGGUGCUCAGCAUUCUGCACGCGUCUGGACAGCGCGUCGGUCGCAUUAUCCUUCUCUCAGUCUCCAACCUCUCGCCCUCGCCUUAUUGCCAAAAUGUCGCUGUCUAACAAGCUGACUCUGGACAAGCUGGACGUUAAAGGGAAGAGGGUCAUUAUGAGAGUGGACUUCAAUGUUCCUAUGAAGAAUAACCAGAUAACGAACAAUCAGAGGAUCAAGGCUGCUAUCCCAAGCAUCAAAUUCUGCUUGGACAAUGGAGCCAAGUCAGUUGUCCUUAUGAGCCACCUCGGCCGGCCUGAUGGUGUUCCCAUGCCUGACAAGUACUCCUUAGAACCAGUUGCUGCAGAACUAAAAUCUUUGCUGGGCAAGGAUGUUCUGUUCUUGAAGGACUGUGUGGGCCCAGAAGUAGAGAAAGCUUGUGCCAGUCCAGCAGCUGGGUCUGUUAUCCUGCUGGAGAAUCUUCGCUUUCAUGUUGAGGAAGAAGGGAAGGGAAAAGAUGCUUCUGGGAACAAGGUUAAAGCUGAACCAGCUAAAGUAGAAGCUUUCCGAGCGUCACUUUCCAAACUAGGGGAUGUCUAUGUGAAUGAUGCUUUCGGCACUGCCCAUCGAGCCCACAGCUCCAUGGUCGGAGUCAAUCUUCCACAGAAGGCUGGUGGUUUUUUGAUGAAGAAGGAGUUGAACUAUUUUGCCAAGGCGUUGGAGAGCCCAGAGCGACCUUUCCUGGCCAUCUUAGGCGGAGCUAAAGUUGCAGACAAGAUCCAGUUGAUCAAUAAUAUGCUGGACAAAGUGAAUGAGAUGAUUAUUGGUGGUGGAAUGGCUUUUACCUUCCUUAAGGUGCUCAACAACAUGGAGAUUGGCACUUCUCUGUUUGAUGAAGAGGGAUCCAAGAUUGUCAAAGACCUUAUGUCCAAAGCUGAGAAGAAUGGUGUGAAGAUUACUUUGCCUGUUGAUUUUGUCACUGCUGACAAGUUUGAUGAGAAUGCCAAGACUGGCCAGGCCACUGUGGCCUCUGGAAUACCUGCUGGCUGGAUGGGCUUGGACUGUGGCCCUGAGAGCAGCAAGAAGUAUGCUGAGGCUGUUGGUCGGGCUAAGCAAAUUGUAUGGAAUGGACCUGUGGGUGUCUUUGAAUGGGAAGCUUUUGCCCAGGGAACCAAAGCACUCAUGGACGAGGUGGUGAAAGCCACUGCCAGGGGCUGCAUCACUAUCAUAGGUGGUGGAGACACUGCCACUUGCUGUGCCAAAUGGAACACAGAGGAUAAAGUCAGCCAUGUGAGCACUGGUGGUGGUGCUAGUUUGGAGCUCCUGGAAGGUAAAGUCCUUCCUGGGGUGGAUGCUCUCAGCAAUGUUUAGUACUUUCCUGCCUUUUGGUUCCUGUGCACGGCCCCUAAGUCAUCUUAGCAUUUUUCACAUCUCCACUUGGCAUUAGCUAAAACCUCCUCCCACAUCAAGAUUCAGCUAGUGGCCAAGAGAGGUAGCACCAGGAACCCUUAAACAGUUGCACAGCAUCUCAGCUCAUCUUUACUGCACCCUGGAUUUGCCUAUAUUCUUCAAGGUCUCAUUUAAAUUUCUUAGUGACUAAACCAUUAUGCAUUCUAGAGUGCAUCUAUUUAUAUUUUGCCUGUUAAAACAAAGUGAGCUGUGUUAGCUUAGUUCUCUUUUUGAAGUAGCUUAUUUUGAUUAGCUUGUCACUGUUCACUACUCGGCAUGGAAACAAGAUGAAAUUCCAGUUUUAGGGAGAAGCAAUUGAUGAACUAUUAAAUGAUCAAUAAACAUGUCCAUUGAAACUGGAA